GGCAACUCUCCUUGGGCAGAGCCCUUUGCAUCCUGCCCCCCACCACCUGCUUCUCUGUGACCAGCAGCCUCUCUCAGGGGGCAUCUGGUCUCAGGCAGCCAGGGCUCAUAGCGCACCUCUCCUCUCUCCAGGACCUUCAAGUUCAAAAGGUGCUGAAGAACUGAGCCCCUGCCCACUGAGGCCACCCGAGGCCAGGUGGGGCCAUGGCAGGGCAUAGCUGUCUGGGGCUGGGGCUGUUCUGCUGGGUCCUGCUUGCUGUUCCAGUGGGGCCCCAGCCCGCCUCCUCCGUCACAGGUGUCCCUCUCACCACUCUGACCCCACCACCUCAGAGUGAGGCCUCUAUGCUGUCUCUCAACCUGGGACUUAACUUCAAAUUCCACCUUCGGGGACCUGCUGCUGCCUGGGCGCUCCCUGUCACAGAGACCCAGCCGCUCUCUUCUGGGCCCAGCCGGGAGCCUGAGGAAGAGGUGGCCAGUGGGCUGAGGACUGAUCCCUUUUGGGAACUGCUAGUGGGCUCCCUUGGGAACUCCCCCCCAGAGUGGGGAUCUGCUGAAGGCAGCUCUACUCCCUGGACCUCCUCCCUGUCUCCAGAGUCCACAUCCCCCAUCUCUGGGCCCACUGACCGGCCCACUGCUCCCUAUCAGCCCAGGAUGGGCACCGUGACCUGGAACACUGCUCUGACAGCUACGGCACCUCCAUCCAGUGCUCCCAGGCUCCGCCAGAGCGAGCUGGAGCUGAAGUUUGACAUGGCGCUGAGAGCAGGUGCGGCCCCCACACUGGGGCAUCGAACGCUGCCCCUGCUGCCCAGCCUGCGGGCCAGUCUGGCAGAGAUUGCCGGGCGCCUGGGACCCUUUGGGUUCUUUGGCACUACUCUGUCCCCACUGCGGAACCUCUCAGGCCCAAGCCCCUUAGGCCCAACUCCAUCCCCAAGCUCUGCCUCUCAGGUUUCAGAUUCUCCAGGGUUCUUUGGCACCACUCUGUCCCCACCCCCCAUCCCCCUGGAGAGAAAGCUCCCAAGCUCAGGCCCGUUGGACCCAGCCGCUUCCCUAAACUCUGCCACGAUGGCAACAGCAUCAGUAGACCCCACCAUCUCCACCUCUGGCCUGGAUGAAGCCUCUCCUGCCAGCCUUGGGAAGCCUUCGGUGGAGCCAGAGUGCGGGUCAGGGUCCUGCAGCAUUGGAGGACUGCCUGAAACCGAGGGGCAGCCUCCUGUGGCCCCGCUACCCCUCUUCUUCCUGACCCUGGAGGCCGACUGGGCGGAGGCCAGAGCUCGCUGGGGGCUGGCCUGGGAGGCCCACGUGUACGGGGUAGGCGCGCUUUUCGGCCUGGUGGCCCUGCUGGCGCUGCUGGCCCUAGCCCUCUUGCCCUGGCGCUGCCCGCCCGGCGCCCCCUGCCUGGCGCUGCUGGACCUGCUCCUGCUGUCGGCCGGGACCACGCGGGCCUUCCCGCUCUUCUACGACGCCUACGGCCACCGCGACCGGCUGCCCCCGCUCGCCUGGCUGCUGCUGCAGGACCUGCCGCUGCCCUGCCUGGCCGCCGGCCUGGGCCUGGCCUGCCUGCUGCUGGCCCGCCCGCGCGCGCCGCGGUGUCCCGCCGGGCUGGCCACGCUGCUGCUCCUGGGGCUGGGGCUGGCGGCCGCCGCCGCCGUGGGGAGCGCCGCCCACCGCCCGCUGCGGCCCCUGCGGCUGGCCUCCCGCGGGCUGCACGCCUUCCUCGCCGCCCUCCUCUCCGGGCUCCUGCUGGCGCUGUCCUGCUGGGGCGGCCGGCGGCGGCGGGCCGGAGCGCCCCUGGGAGGGUCUGGUUUCAAGGGCGCCACCCCCGUCCCGCAGGCGCGCAGCCCCUUCGCCCCGCGCGAGUCCUGGCGGCGCGCGGCCCGCACGGCCCCGGUGGCGGGCACUUUCGGGCUGCUGAGUGGAGCCCUGCAGGGCUACGAGGUGCUGCACGCCUUGGGCUAUGGCGGCCAGCCUGGCCUGGAGGGACCCUGGCCCUGGUGGGCCUUCCAGCUAGGCCUGCGCUUGGGCGAGGUGGGCGUCGCGCUCCCGUUGGCGCUGCUGGGCCUCUACCCGGCGCUCAGCAGUCCCCGUGUGCCGCCGCGCUGCUGGGCCAAGCUCUUCCGCUUGUCCCCGGGCCACGCGGCCCCGCUGCUGCCCGGGGGCUGGGUCACCGGGCCUCCAGACAAGGAGCCCCUGGGUGGCGCCAUCGCCCGUGGCGACGCGGAGCUGCUGCAGCUGUGCGCCCUGGCUGGGCCAGGCCCCGAUCUCCUACUCCAGGGAGGCGGCUGCCGGGGCUUCGAAGGGGCAGGGGCGGCGGGAAACCCGGCCCCUUCUCCGGCCUCCUCCCCCUGCAGCGAUUACACCGUGGACUUCCGCCCGCCCUCCCCAAUCAACCUGCGGCGCAGCAUUGAGGAGGCCCUCUGCAGCGAGGCCCUGCUCACGCCCGGCCUCUUCCAGGGCCCUGCCUUCGGGGAAGCCCUGCCUGGGCUCGGCCUCUACCGCACCACCUCGCUGGGGGCGAAGACGCGGGCUGGGCCCAGUGGGAGGUCUGAGGAGGCCCCUGGCUCCUCUGCGCCCCACGAGCUGCCCUCUCCCGGGGCCUGGCCCGCAGGCAGCAGCGCCUCUUCUGGCUCACUGUGCGGACUUUCGCGGGACAGCUCGUCCAUGCUGCUGUGCUCCAGCCCGGACAGGCCUCCACGCUGUCCACUGGUCUGUGUCCUCAGUCCACCGCGGCCCUCAGGGCGCAGCCCUAGCCUCCCGGGCUCAGGCUCCUACCAGGCUCUGUCCCCACCCUCCCGUGACUCCCCAGAGCCCACUCCUGAGCUCCAGGCCGCAGAGGCUUUGCUGCAGGAGCAGUUCCUGGAUGCCUGCCGACAGAUCGAUGAGCUGAGUGUGGGCAGUGACACCAUAGACCUGUGAAGAGGCAGCCCCCUGGCUGCCCCAGCCUAUGCCCCCUCCUGACGCCUGCUCUGCCCGAGACCUGCACACUGUAACCCUUCCCCAAUCCUGCCUGGCUCAGAUACCUCCCCCUGCUUCCUUCCCCAUCCAGGGGUCCCUGGGUGGGUGGGUCAGCAGCCAGGUUUUGUUGAUUGGGAGUCAGUGCCACCUCCUCUGGAGCCCUAGGUGCGGAUCCCUCAGCUGCAAUGCUAGGCUGGCAGGGGUCCCACUUUCCUUGGCAUUCACCAGCAAUAAAGUUCCAAGGUGCUCCACUCCUGACCACCACUCCCCAUUCUGGUGCUGAGUGAGAGGGGCUGUCCUCAGAGGACCCUCAGACUGGCUUCAGUCCCCACACCCACCUCUGCCAUGCCCAGGAAUCCCAUUACUGUGUGAGUGAGACUCCCUGUCCUCCACAGGGUCCUUCCCCAUAGAAGGGUCCCCCAUAGAAGGAUCCAUGGCCCAUCGAGGAGACUCUACAGCAGUUGGGUGGGAGGUGAGCGC